AUGGCUGCACCUGUUGGCGAGACCGUCGCUAUUCCCGUCACCAAUGAACAGGUAAAGAAUGAAGCGGGUGUCACAAGCAGUGUCCUCGCCGUCGAGCCUACUGCAGAUACAACCACGGUUUUGGUGGAUAGCGUUGAGCCUAUCGUGAGCGCGAAGGCAGAGGAGCCCACUAAAGAAAAUGGAGUCGUUUCUCCGGAUGACAAGAAGAGCGAGACCCCGCUGGAAAACGGCACCACCGAGAACAAGGAGGUAGCUGCCACACAAGACUCGGUUGUUGAAGACAAGCUAGAACUGCCGUCUGAAACUUCCACAAAGCUGGAUGACAAGCCUGCGGAGCUUCCGGAACCGGUGGAGGUUCCCGCACAGCACGAGUCGAACGGAGUUGAGGCUGCAGAGCAGGCGCCCAUCCCCGAGGUUGAAAAGACCACCACAGAGGACAAAGCCCCUCUCGCGGAGCCUGAACUCGAAGUCGCAAAGGCGGAGGAACAGCCCGAAAAGGUUGAAGUCUCCACCAAGACUGAGGCUGAGAAGGUUGAAGAAAAGCCGGAAGUUUUGACAGAGCAAGAGCCCUCUUCAGGAGUUGAAGUUGCGAAGGUGACUGAGGAGAACGAAACCCCGGAAUCCGAGCCUGAGAAGGCUGCCGUCAGCGCCCUUGCGGAGUCAAAGGAGGGCACAAACGAGAACGUUGAAGUACCAACCACUGAUCCGGCACCGACUGAAUUUGUAACCGAGACAUCAGUUGCUGACGCGACUACUGAGGAGAAACCUGUUGAAGAGCCCACCAAAGAAUCUUCCGCAGCGGUCGAGCCGUCUGAAAUUACCACAGAGAAGCCAAGUAAGUCGACGAAUGAGGAACCUGCGGAGACAACAGACGACAAAGAUAUCACCAAAGAGCCAACCGUCCAGACUACGUCCGAGGGUGCUGAUGCUGUGGGUCCACUUCUAGAAACGGCUUCUGACAGUGCUCUAGAAAGGACAGUCGAGGCAUCGGACAAGACCGAAAACGAGUCCAACAUCCAAGAGGCUGUGACUGCCGAAGACUCCGAGGACUUGGCCGAUGAGUCGAAGGCAACCAAAAGUGCAGAGGUGACCGAACCCGCGGCAGAGCCAGCUAAGGAACCUGUGGAGGAGAAGGUUGACGUCCAGGUGUCAAACGCCGACUCCACACCUGCUGUCUCUGAGGCUAUCGCAGAGUCGGACACACAGGUGCCUGCUGAUACUGCGGCUAAAGACAAGCCAGUCCCUGAGUCUACAGCUGAACAGCUCACACGAGAGGAGGUUGAAAAACCGACUACUGAGAGUGCUGCUACUGAGGAGCCAGUCAAAGAAGACCCAGUGACCGAAACCGUAGCCCUAGAAAAACCCGCCGAGCCUGUUGCGGAGGCUACAGCCACAGAAGUGUCUGCGGAAGAGGCACCGGCCUCAAAACCCUCGGCGCAGGAUGUGGAGUCCGUGGAGCCAGUUGCUCAAGAAUCUGUUGCGAAGGACGCUGUUGUCGAAAAUACUCCUAUCGCGGAGGAGACUAAGGACACGAUUGUUGAGCCCGACAGGAACCUCGAAUCUGAACCAGUCCUGGCGGCCGAACCCUCGUCAACGAGCGCUACUGAGACAGCGAAAGAAAGUUCCACCGUGGAGCCGACCACCGAGACCGUUCCUGCUAAGGAUGAUUCCCCAGCUCCCGCGACCGAGACUCUUCCCGAGCAACCAGUUGUGCAUGAGACGUGUGCUAAGGAGGCUACCCCAGAAGCUCCCGCAGCGGAUGCUCCCGUCGAAGAACAAGCCACACAGCCUGCCGCGGAAGAGGCCUCUACCACAAUCACCACAGCUCAAGAGCCAGUGAAGGAAGAUGAGGCAGGAAAAGCAGCCGAGGACACACCAGCUGAAGCAGCUGCAGUCGCAGAACCCACAAAGGACGUUGAGAUUGAGGAACCCAAGGUAGAAGCAACCGCAGUGGCUACUGAAUCAGUUGAGCCAGUGGAAGCUGCCAAGGGAGCAGCUGAGGAGACCUCUGAGAAAACAGAAGAAACGCCAGUCGCUACCGAGUCUGUUGAUCCAGUAGAGGAGACUGCUGAGAACUUUCAGCCCGAGACAGCUGAUGCUGCGCCUGAAGCUGCUGAAUUGGAAGAGGAAAUUCCUAACGCUGAACCGGAGGUUAUUAAGCCAGUAAAGGAAACCUCGACCACAGAGGCAGUUGCAGAUGUGGCUGCUGUGCAACAAGAAGUGGUGCUCGAGGAGCCCAAGGCUGAGGAACCGACACUUGCGACUGAAACCAGUGAGCCGGAAAUCAACACCGCAGCCGCCGAAAUACCUACGGAUAAGGAGGUGGCAGAUGAGGAGCCGCAGGCCGAAGAAGUGACUGUUGAUACCAAACCUGUUGAAACACCCAACGCUACCGAUGAGCCAGCUGCCGAAGUUACCGCCCUUGAGACUGCCCCAUCCACCGAAGAACCAUUGAAGGAGGCUGUUCCAGAAGAACCGAAGAUCCAGCAAUCAGAAACUACUGCUGAGGCCGCUGAGCCAGUGCAGGAGGCUUCCGAUGAGGAACCUAAGGUCGAGACAACUUCAGUUGAUUCUGAACUGGCUGCCGGACCGGCUAAAGAAACCUCAGCUGACGAGCCCUCUGUGGAGGAAACUCCUUCUUCUGAAGAGCUAGAGAAGGACACCGCCACUGAAGCCGCUGAGCCUGAGGCAACAGUAGCAGCCGUUGGUUCUGUACCUGAGUCGACAAAGGAAGCUGCAGCACCGGAAGAACCUGCAGAACCCGCCCUGCAAGCAGAAGCUGCAUUUGAGGAACCGAAGCCAGAGGAAACGCUAAUUGAGACUGCCCCUGUCGAGCAGUCCACGACUAUCGAGGCACCGACACAAUCCGCUACUGAAGUACCUGCUCCUGAAAGGGAAAUCGUCGGCGACGAGACCAAGUCUCAAGAAACCGCGGCCGAAACUGCUCUUGUCGAAGACUCUGCUCAGAUCACUGAGGCCUCCACAGAAGCAUCUGGCCCGGAGAAAGAGGCUGUGAUCGGGGAACCAACGCCUCAUGAAACCGCAGUCGAGACUGCUCCUGUAGAACCUUCAACUGUUGAAGCUCCUGCAGAGACACCUGCAGAUGAAAAGGAGACCAUAACCGAUGAGCCUAAGGUCGAGGCAUCCGCAGUUCAGGUUGCUCCAGCUAUUGUUGCUACUCCUGCUUUUGAGAGUGAAGUUGCUGCAGAGGACCCUGAGGCUGAGGAAGCCCAGACUGAACAAACCAAGGUGGAGGACCUCAAGGCCGAAGAACCCAAGGCCGAAGAACCCGCAGUCGCUGCGACUGAGCCGGUCAGAGAACAGGCCGAGGAGCCCUCACAGACAGCCACAGAAGCACCUGAAGCGGAAACCCUGACUGUGCCUGAGGAGUCCAAGGCCGAAGAAGUCGCAGAAGCUUCUGAAAGGGUCCAAGAGCCAGUGAAGGAAUCUGUCAUUGAAGAACCAGUUACAGAGGAAUUGCCCGUUUUACAAGAAGUACCUGUUGAAGAAGUGGCAGCGGACAAACCGACAGAAACUGCAACUACUGAGCAGCCCACAGGAGCGAUCGUAGAAGAACAGCCAACAGUGGAGGCCGACAACUCUGUCGAAGCCGUGGCAGAGGUACCGACAGAGCCUUUGCAGCCAACUGUCCCACAAGAAGAAGCUGUGUCCGAAAUUUUGGUCGGUCAGUCAGUUGCGCCCGAGACCACGGAGGCUCCUGUGGAAGUAGUCUCUACGACAGAGCCUAAUCCCGAGGUUGAGGGACCAACGGCUGAGACGCCUGCUGAGGAGCCUGCUGAGGAGCCUGCAAGCGAGCCAACCGAGACUACCGAAAUCACGGAUGCCCACGAGACAGAAGCUGCUGAAAAUACCCCUGGCGCAGCCACCGAGAUCACUCCGGAAGUCAAGGAGACAGAGCCUACCCGUGAGGAAACUGUUGCAGACGAGCUCCCUGCCAAGGAGAAGCAGCCAGAUGAGCCUGCUGCUCCAGUCGACGUCGAGGAAUUCCCGGCAAAGGAGGCAGUGCCAGAAGAGCCCGUGUCUAAAGACAUCACCAUAGACGAAGAAGUUAGCACGGUCACAGCUGGCGUAGCAAGGGUCAUCGACGAAUCAAAGCCAGCUGUAGCUGAAUCCGAUGUUGCAACCCCUGCCACUACGGAACCACAGCCGGAGCCAAUUGAAGAGACGAAGCCCGAUGUCGUGGCUGAAGAGCCAGAAAACCAGGAGCCAGCUGCAGAUGCCCCUGUCAGAGACAUACCUCUCGCAGCAGAGCCUGUGAGAGAAGAGCCAGCGCAGGAACCCGUCGUUCAGGCAGAACCUGUGCCGAUAGAGUCUGUUUCGCAAAUCCCCGCCACUGCACCAUCAGCAGCAGAGGAAGUGAAGGCGGAGGGGGUGACACCUAUCCAGGGAGAAUCCGAAGUUGCUGAGAAUCCAGUGACUGAUUCACCAUCUGUGGAACAACUUCCGCUGAACCAACUUGAGGAACCUGCACAAAAGGAAGUCCCUGCGGAGUCGGUUGAGACAGAAGUGCCUGCAAAGGAAGAACCCUGGGAACCUGAACAAGACGCCGCGACCCUCUCCAAGGCCGCCGCACCUGAAGUGUCUGCGGAUGAUACUAUUCUGCCUUCCGACUCCCCUUCAACGACUGAGAAGACACCCUCAUUCCAGGAGCCUGCUGCACAAACACUUCCAUUGAGCGAAGAACCUGCUGCUGAGGCUGCUUCAACACAAUCGGAGGAGCAACCCGUCCAGGAACCGAACGUGUCCGAACCACAGGCAGAGAUUUCCGAACAGGCUUCCCCUGAAGAAUUCGCCCAAGUGUCAGGGGAAAAGACCAUUACCUCUGAGUCGGUCGCUACAAAAGACCCCACCGCUGAUGUAUAUGCGGCUGAUGUGUCCAAGGUGGAUGGGCAAGACGCAGAGACUCAGCCUGUCGAGAGCGUGGUUGCCAGCGAAGAAACUGACAAGCCCGCCAACCCUGAAGAGCCCUCAACUGCUGCGGAACAGCCAGCUCAGGAAGUUACCCCAGCGGCCAAGGAAGUCGAAGACUCUACACCAAACGAAAGCGCCCUGACUCCUGAAGUCAUCGCUGGCGGUGCUGCAGUUGUUGCUGCGGGUGCUGUUGCGGCCGGAGCCGCCGUUAUUGCGAGUAAAGAGCAGGAACCCAAAGCUGCUACCACAAAGGAGGCACCUAGCCAGCUUGAAGCCGACAAGAACACUCUCACUGUUCCUUCGCAGUCUCAACCCCCUGCCAACGGGACCGCAGUUGGCACGUUGAAGGAGCCCCCAACCCCAGAGCCUGAAGCGGAUCCUGCACUUGCUGCGCUUGCUGGCGAUGGCGAAGCUCUUCUAAGGAAGCUUGACCUGCCUUCGACAGAUCAGCUACUCGCAUCCGCUGAUAAUGCCCCUGUGGACUCUAAGGACGCAAAACAAGGAAACGAGACAACCACCGCCACGGAGGCUGGCCCAUCCACCACAGCUCAGCCGGCCUCGACCACGGAAGGGCCUGCGGACAACGCAGUAGCCAACAAGGGAGACGAGAACUCUCGAUCCCCAAGUCAGAACCGGUCAGUCACUGCUGUUUCUCUUAAUCACAAGAAUGACAGCUGGUUGAGGAAUAUUCUGCGUGCGGUGUUUGUCAAUUUCCUUGGUUCCAUAUUUUCUCCUUUCCGCCGACGCGGAACAACAGAUCAGUGA